AUGAUCGCUCAGGACCAUGCUGAACCCACCGAGGAGUAUUUCGACGUGGAGCCGGAAGAUGAUCUAGGCUAUUACCCUGAUGGCGCCAAACGUACCCUCACCGAUGAGCAAAUUGCCAUUUUCCGACACUCAGAAAUUCGGGAGAUUUUGCGCGAGCGACGAUCGCGAUAUAAUCAUGGUGAUCGCUCUGAAGGUGAAGUCUCAGGAAAUGAGCUUGCCUCGGCGGAUCUACCACCUCACGGUCACGGGAGCCCCAAGACGACUUGCGCAGCCACAUCUACAGGCAAUGCAUACGUCGAAGAUCUCAAGCAGAAACAUUCGGGUCCAGGGGAAGAAUCCAAGGUACAACGAUGGGCGACAAGCAGUGCACGUACCAAAAGACGAAACAAGAGGAAUCGUGACAAGUACCAUGCGAAGAAGAGAGCUGAACGGGAGAAGGAGCAGGGACCAAACCGCAAGGACAGUGGUGAUGAAAGUGACGAGUGGGAUCCCUGGCAUCAGGCUACGGGACCGGAUGCGCAGAAAGAAGAAGUUUUCGAUCUGGACUACUGA